AUGAUUCCCAACAAGUGGAGAGAUAUUUGCAAAAUCAAACUUACUAUAGCUUGUUUUGAUUCUUCAAUGGAAGAGAGUGUUAUCUCCAUGAUAAGAAACGAUGCCCCUACUUGCCUCACUUGUGACGUAAGACCAGGGGAUGUUUGGAACUUUCACGAUUUCAGACGUUUCAUGCAGGAUCAGCCCGGAAACAGAAGUUACGCCAUGACCGUCCAAUGUUUCAAUGGAGGAAACGUAACACUUCAAUGGCCUUUGCGUGCAAUUGGUCUGAAUUAUAUUUCUGUUAGCAACUGCCUGUUAGUUAAUUAUACGGAAGAUUAUUUUGACAAAGAUAUCAACCAGCUGCCGGAUACUCUAGCAUAUUAUAGCAUAACGGAUUGUAUCAUGUACAUUGAUGUGAUCCAUUUCUUGAACGUCACCAGAAACGUUAAUCAUGUUACAAAGGCAGCAAAAUGUGGACCUGAAAAAUAUCUCAAUGUAGCUAUCAACAGGAAUAUAUCCUAUCAGUUUAAGACAAUUCCGGAUUAUUUUAUUGAGAAAUUAAGUGACAAUUUGACAAUCCACGCAGCUCGAAACUAUCAUAGAGAGGUUUUGGUUUCGCCUAUUACAUGCAACUACACAAAACUACUGAUAAUUGACCAGAGUAAAUCAAAAAGUCUUGGAUCAAAACAUGAUAGCAUUUUACUUCAAAAUUCCAAAUAUCCUGUGCUGCGAAUUUUAAACCUUUCAGAUUCAAUGCUGAAUGUGCUACCCGAACGCUUGGACGAUUGGAGGUUGUAUUUUCCUCGGAUAAAGCAUUUAGAUUUGACGUAUAACUCCAUAAAAGAAUUCCAAACUGUAUUGGAUUAUGGCAUUGAGAGUGAGGAUCCUAGCAUAGGACUUAUUGAUUUGAGAUUUAAUGCUAUCACAACAGUUACUCGCGAUGAGCUCACGAGAUUACAACAUCAUCGAUAUGUAAAGAUUGAUAUACGAAAUAAUCCUUUCAACUGUGAUUGUGCUAUGGCUGAUUUUGUUGAAUAUUUCCAGGUAACUACGGCUGAAGAAAAAUUUGGUAUCUCAGGUCAGUAUAAAUAUCUCCUGCAUUUAAGGUGCGAAAGUCCACCUUCCCUCAAAGGCAGAAUAAUUGUGGAUUUGACCAUGGAUGAACUUGCAUGUAAUAAAACAGAAUUAUCAGAUGUUAGAUUUUACCCAGUCGUGCUGUUAGCUAUACUUACUGGCAUCCUAGCGAUUUAUUUACUGUUAACGAUUAAGCAGCAGGUGGAAAUGGUUGUCUUACUAUUUAAGAGACUGAAACGACUAUGUUUAUGUAGGCCUCGGCAUCAUCAUGAACAGUCCAGCGAAUCUAACGAGAUAGGUUUAGCAACGUCAUAA